UACGAGUGUUGGAGUCGACGAUUUUGACAUGUACAAGUGAGUUCGAACAUGUAUAUGGGAUCGUAGAUAUUGAGCAACGUCAGUCGAGAAACGGGUCGUUGAGGGGAUUUCGCGAUGGUGCAAAUCGAAUUGAGAAAGUGCCGAGGCAAUGACGAUCAGUACGGGUUCUACGAGCUGACUUUGUCCAAGGAGGCGAGCGUGAUGGGGCAAAACGAUUCCAAGUUGUUAUCCUCCGUUAAGUGUUCCUUGUUGCGAUCGAUGGGCAGGGCUCUCGAAGGGGCCAUCACGCAGACCAAGGUUUGCGCCUUGUUAUUCCGGUGUUCUCAGAGCAUGUGUUGGUGCGCUCAUGACCGCGGCGUCGAGUUUGAAUUGCCGCCGGCUACUCGCAUAGUUUGCCUGCGCCCAGGGGAGUUGCAGUCAUGUGUAGCUGCGAAGAGUUCGGCUGGCUCCAGGAAGGAUGGCCCAACCAGCCGCCACCACAUAUCGGUCGGCCUUCAGCUCAUCUGUCUUACGGCCACUGGAUGUCAGCUUACACUACUUCGCUGACGGUCAGCCUCGCACGCGGGCUGAUGAUUCGUUUCCGUGUGCAGUUUCAUCCAGCAAGGGUUUCGUUGACUCAUUGUGCUCUCAACAUAGUCAGGGACACUACACCUAUCAAGUUUACCCCCCCCAUCCCGGCCGCCUGCGCAACCACGAGGCCGCACAAGUUCUUGAUUGGAUGUUCAUAAGGUUAUCGUUGCAUGUUGCGGCCCUUUGGCUUACAGGAAGGAGAUGAGCAAUUCGUAGGCACACCAGUUUUUGUUCGCAGGUCGGAUACCAAGACUGGCAUGACGUAGGGAGAUACCAAUGUUGCAGAUGUCGUUCAUGCUGCCUGCCCACGGGGUCCUCAAAAGGUCAUCCAGAUCCAGGGCUUCUCACAUGGUGGCUUCAAGCGCAGCGAGACUUUCCUGAAGCAGCGCCACCCAGAGCCGCGCAGUCAUCACGGCGACAAGAAGCCGGCCGUAAAGAAGGUACUUGCGAUUUGUGGAGGAAGAACAACUUCUUCACUCCAAGACACUGAAGAAGAAGGUGCCUGCUGUUCAUGUAUGAGCCGGGCAUGAGAGAGUUGCAGAAUUGAGAAUGCGAAUUUGGUUGCAUAUCCCAGUUUGCUGCUAUCUGCACGCAAUUCGCCAAAUGAAUCAGCGCAGUGGCCCAGCAACUCCCUUUGCGAAGUUGCUCUAGCUCAUUUUCUUGUCACACUGUACAGUUCAGCCAGGGCAAAACGUUGAUUAUCGUGCUGUGCCCGACAGCAUUGCGAGUGCAUGCUUGGCGGAGGCGAUGAAAGCGUGGCCCCGCCAUCAGAGUGGAAUUCCUCUCGCCAGGUAGAUCGCCUGUGUUCCAG